AUGGGAAUGCGUCAAAUGAUAGUGCUUUUGCUCUCUUUAGUAUGCGCCGAAACUAGUCAAACAAUAUCGGGCACAAACAAGCGAAAAUUAUCCACUAAAACAUUAAGCACCAAGUAUGAAGCCCUCAAGAAGAUCGAGCGUGGCAUUCCAAAAAAGGACGUCGCUGCUGAGUAUAAUGUACCUCGCAAUACCUUAUCCGCGUGGUUGAAAACAAAGAAAAAAUUGUAAUUGCUUUUGAGAGCGGAAACAAUCGUUCUACGCAGAAGUUAAAAUCGAGUAACUAUGAAAACCAACACUGCGGAAAAACGUCUGCGCAUGCGUCAACCUUACCUGUAAUAGUAUUACGAACUUGAUGAGUAGCUGUUCCGAACGUUUCCAAAGGCUCAAAAUGGCGGUAAAAAGGAGUGACUUCAUUGUGCGUCUUUACAGCCAGAUUUCGAGCGCAAAAAUAAACAUGUCAUUCUAAAAACUAGGAAUAAAUACAGCCAGAAGGUUCAAGAAAUUGUAUUGUACAAGACCAUGAACUAAAGGUGGUUGUUGACAAAUUUAUCGUCUGAAACAUUUUGUUUAUCAACUAAGCAACGACAAUUUCCGAAUUUUCGUUUGAGAUACAUUUCUUUAAAAAAAACUGUGUCGCCAAAUAUAAAAAAUUUUCGUGUUCACAAUAAUUAAACUUUAGGCUUUAAUCUGCAAUUUGAGUGGGUUGAGAAGCUUAACUUUUCGAGAGUUUUCUUAACUUUUUAGUUUGAAUUUUUGUUUUGAAUAAUUUUGCAAAAAUUUUCGAAGUCGUGUCCGUUAAAAUCAACAAUUUUUUACACGAAUUAUAUUUUACUCCAUACUUUAAAUGCCAGGACGCUUUCAAUUAAUGUCUAGUCUACCCAUUUGCUAUAUUUUCUCGUUUGUUUUACUAAUUUUUGACCAAUUAAUAAGCAUGUUUUUGUUUUAGAAAUUGAUAUUCAAAUUCCCUGCCAUAUUUUCAUAAUUUGGUGCAUGCGCAGACGUUUUUCCGCGGUCUACAAAUGGUUUGUAAAAGUAAGGGACGAGGGAUUACCCGUGAACGGUCCAAUACUAAAAGAGAAAGCUAUAAAGUAUGCUGAAGAACUAGGCAUAGAAAACUUCAAAGCAUCAAAUGGCCGGUUUGAGCGAUGGAAGGGUCGGCAUAAAAUAUCUUUCAAAACUGUUUCAGGUGAAGCCAAGUCGUGUACGGAAGAAAUGACCGCGUCAUCGGAAGAAUCGACUCUUCUAACUAUUCUCUCAAACUAUGAGCUUCGAGACAUAUACAACGCAGAUGAAUUUGGCCUCUUUUAUAAAGCACUUCCGGACAAAUCAUUGCAACUGAAAUCAGAGAAGUGUGUUGGUGGGAAGCACAGUAAAGUUCGAUUAACAGGCCUAGCAGCUGGUAAUGCAGUAGGCCAGAAAUUACCAAUGUUUGUCACUGGGAAGUCGAAAAAACCCCGGUGCUUCAAAGGAGUUAGAAUCUUGUCAUGUAGAUAUCGGUCUCAAAAGAAAAGUUGGAUGGACAGCGCACUUUUCGAGGAAUGGGUCCGUGAACAAGAUCGUAAGUUUGAAUGCGAAGGCAGAAAAGUAGCGCUUAUUGUAGAUAACUGCCCUGCCCACCCUACCAUAUCUAACCUGAAGGCUAUUAAUUUGGUGUUCCUGCCACCGAAUACAACAUGCAAGACGCAAUGGAUCAAGACCAAUGGAUGAAGGCGUCAUCAGAUCAAUAAAGGCGUUUUACCGUGGAGCAACUGUCCGCAAGUACAUUGACGGUGUAGAAAAGGGAAUGUUACCUCCGAAAUUCACCAUUUUGGAUGCUAUGAUGAUCCUGACUGGCGCUUGGAAUAGAGUAACUGCGGAGACAGUUCGGAAUUGCUUCAAGAAAGCUGGCAUUGGCAGUGAAGCGCAGCAAAGUGCUGUUUGUGACGCUGAUGACCCAUUCAGUUUUUUAAGCGAGGAGCUAGCUGGAGUCUUUGAGAGAAAGCUCCCCAGAGCUAGAGCUUGUGUCAACCUGUGUAACCCUAUAUGA